UUGUCUAAAUUUGCCCCUCACGUUUUAGCUUUCUGUCUUUUCACCAGAUUCUCUCUCGAUUUCCCCCUUUAGCGUUCGUUGUUCAUCUCGCUUUGCCUCGCCUCUCUCUGUGCUCCAUCAGAUCUCAAAAUCAAUCGGAUCAAAACCAUAACUUGAUCGAUUAUGACUCUUGGCUCAGGAGGAUCUAGUGUUGUUGUUCCGAGGAAUUUCCGGUUGUUGGAGGAGCUUGAACGUGGGGAGAAAGGUAUUGGAGAUGGAACUGUGAGCUAUGGAAUGGAUGAUGGAGAUGACAUCUAUAUGCGUUCUUGGACUGGCACCAUCAUCGGUCCUCACAACGUAACUGUUCAUGAAGGUAGAAUCUAUCAGUUGAAGCUCUUUUGUGACAAAGAUUACCCUGAGAAACCUCCCACUGUCCGGUUCCAUUCACGUGUUAACAUGGGUUGUGUCAACCACGAAACAGGAGUGGUGGAACCUAAGAAAUUUGGGCUUCUUGCAAACUGGCAAAGAGAGUACACAAUGGAGGAUAUACUGACACAGCUGAAGAAGGAAAUGGCCACGUCGCAUAACCGUAAGCUUGUUCAACCUCCAGAAGGUGCUUGCUUCUAGUUGCUUCUGGGAUCUUCUUCUGGUUUGCUGAAAAAAUCAUUGCCCCAUCUAAUACCGAAGUAUGUAUCUGGGGGGUCCUCCAUUGUCGUUCUCAAGCUUUUUUCUUUUUCUUUCUUAAUUCAUCAAAAAAAAGAUGGUAUGGUGAUGAUGAUGAUGUUGUUCGAUUGAUCAUCUGAAGUUUUAUCAUUGUGUGCAAAUAUCAAAAACAGUUUCUUCCCCCACUCCCAUAUGUGUUCAAUCUUCUGAAUUUACUUUCGUCCCUUUAUUCUAACAUAUUUCCUCAGCCGUUUUUUUU